GGGAGCCCCGCCUCCUCCGGUCGCGACGCGCGUGCCGGGACCGGCACAUCCCUGUCGAGCUCUGGUGCUGUUGCCGCUGACCGAGCCCCGGCCCUGCGGGCAGGAUGCAGGACCCAGAUAAAGACACAGAGUGGAAUGACAUCCUGCGUAAGAAAGGUAUCUUUCCUCCAAAGGAAGACCUGGAGGAACAGGAGCGUGCAAAGGAAGAAGAGCAGCUUGCCAUCCUUCAGAAGUCUCCUGUGAAGACUUGUGAGGACAUGACUCUGGAAGAGCUAGAUGAAGAUGAAUUUAAUGAGGAAGAUGAGAAAGCUAUUGAAAUGUACAGGCAGCAAAGGCUAGCAGAAAUGAAAGCAGCACAAAUGAAGAAUAAAUUCGGGGAAGUUCUGGAGAUUUCAGGAAAAGAUUACAUUCAAGAAGUUACGAAGGCUGGAAAAGAUAUAUGGGUAGUCCUGCACCUCUAUAAGCAAGGAAUUCCACUCUGUGCCUUAAUAAAUCAACAUAUGAGCGGGCUUGCAAGAAAGUUCAGAGAUGUGAAAUUCAUCAAAGCUAUCUCUACCACCUGCAUUCCCAACUACCCUGAUAAGAACCUGCCUACGAUAAUUGUCUACUUGGAGGAAGAUAUCAAAGCUCAGUUCAUUGGGCCUUCGGUAUUUGGUGGCAUGAACCUGACAAGGGAUGAAUUGGAGUGGAAAAUUUCAGAGUCUGGUGCCAUCAAGACUGACCUUGAGGAGAACCCCAAGAAGCAGAUCCAGGACCAGCUUAUGUCCUCAAUCAGGGCGCGUGUCCUGGCCAGGAGCGAGAGUGACUCUUGAAGCCACUGUUCCCACCUAGAGCACUGGAGACACUCAUCAAGACCUUACUAAGCCCCAAAAGAGCAGUAUUUCAAGACAAACACCUAUCUAGAAACU